CUGGCUCUUGCGAGCCUCAACAAACACACAGAAGCAGCAACUUACUAUAAAAAAGCUCUGGAGCUGGACCCCGACAACGACACGUAUAAAACCAACCUGAAGAUCGCGGAGGAGAAGAUGGAUACGUCCAGUCCAACAGCAGGGAUGGGUGGAGUCGACCUGGCUGGUUUGCUCAGUAACCCCGGCUUCAUGAACAUGGCGUCGUCUCUGAUGAACAACCCUCAGGUUCAGCAGCUGAUGUCAGGGAUGAUGUCCGGAGCAUACGGCGGAAUGGGGGGAGUAGGGGCAGGAGGUGGGGCAGGAGGUGGAGCUGGAGCAGGAGUUGGAGCAGGAGUGGGAGCAGGAGUGGGAGCAGGAGUGGGAGCAGGAGCUGGAGCAGGGGUCGGAGCAGGAGCUGGAGCAGGAGUCGGAGCAGGAGCUGCAGUCCCUGGAGCAGCUGGAGCCGGAGAUUUAUCAGGACUGAUCCAGGCAGGUCAGCAGUUCGCUCAGCAGAUGCAGCAGCAGAACCCCGAACUCAUUGAACAGCUGAGGAGUCAAAUCCGCAACCGAACGCCCAGCACAGGAAACGAGGAGCAGCCGUGACAUCAGACACGGUUGUGAGAUUCUCACAGGAGGAGACGAACAGACCGAGUCCUUUUUUUUCUUUUUGAUCUGGAUCAUUAACGCUCGAAGGACUUGAAAGAGGUUUUUUUCCAUCACUGAAUAAUUCCUGCAUGAGAGAGAGUGGGGGGGCUCAUUCAGGAGCCAUGUCACCAAAAACGACGCCCACUUCCUGUGGCGCUGUGUUUUUUAUGAAGAACCAUGUGAGGCAACACUUUGACAUCAAACACAUUAAAAUCUAAUAAACUGAGCUCUGAUAACGACAAUGUCCCAGAUGUUAAACAGCUGCAGAGUAGGAACUAUAGUGUGUGUGUGUGUGUGUGUGUGUGUGUGUGUUGUGUGCGUGUGUGAGUACAUGAGUGAGUACAUGUGUGUGUGAGUGUCAAGUCACAGAGCUAUUUAAACAGAGUUUGGAAAUUAAAAAGAGCAUCUCAACAUUUUACAUCUUCUGUCUGAUGAGUUUUCUCUGCUGUCAAAUAAUAAAAACUAUACACACA